UGCCCUGCAAGAAGUGUGGCGAAAGCGUCUGCGGAACAGACCUGGAGGACCACAUCAGGGAUUCCUGUGCGCACACCAUCAAGUCUUGCAGAUUUUGCGAGCUAGAGCUGCCCCGGCGGGAAUUACCAGCGCACGAGGGCUACUGCGGAGCUCGCACGGAGCAAUGCCCCGACUGCCGCGAGUGGGUCAUGAUCAAGUACCGCCAGCUGCAUAGAGACUCCAACCACGGCUUCCUGCGCCUCGACGACGACCCAGUGCCCGUCCCCACCGAGCCGGCCAAGCUGCCUCGCGUCCCGAGGCUGAGCCCGCCGGCGGCUACUAAUGGCGCCUCCACCAGCGCGGCUGCUAGCGGCACCAAUGGAGUCCUCAAGAACAUCAACGUGACUCAAGAGAGGCCUAGGACGGAGAACAGCCGGCCCCGCCCAGGGACCAGUAGCAGCUCGGAGCCCGUAGCGGGCGGGUCGCGUGCCCCCGACGCGAGGCUGCCGCUCAAGAGGACCAACGACCAGCCGCAGAUCAACACCAACGUGUCUGACGCGGAGAAGGUCAAGAAGGAGCUGGGCAUGUCCCGGGGCGCCGUGAAGAAGCGUCAAGCGCCGCAGCCGCCGGCGCCGGAGCCGCGCCGCGACCGCGCCUACUACAGCGCCAUGCGGCGCCAGCAGGACGAGGAGCGCGCGCGCCGCGAGCAGAGCGCCGUCAACGCGGCGCAAGGUGAGGCCUGAUGCGGCGCCGGACACAAGCGGCGCCGGA